GUUGCGUGAGACGGGAGUGUUGUCAGCAGUCUCCACCCAUUGUUGUAUUUUCCUGUAACUCUGUAUAUUCCCCACAUCUGAAAAUGAGGAAGUGACAGCGUGGUGGCUGAGUGUGACGAGUACAGAGCACACACAUACCCCAUCAUGUAUCGCUAUGGACUGAUUGCUUUUGUCUGUGUCUGGGUAUCAGGUUUUGGAGAAUUACCAGCGCCGGUCAGUCUCACCAUGGAUUCUGUGAACUUCAAGAACAUUUUACGGUGGAACCUGUCCUCUGGCCUGGGUGACGACAAUGUGACAUACAGGGUGCAGUAUAAACAGGAUGUGAUGAAUGCGAAGGUCACCUAUACAGACGUGUGUUUCACUAGUGAGCUAUACUGCGACCUGACGAGGGUUUCAUACAAGUCUUAUUUACGAGUGAGAAUGGAAGUAAAUGACACCGCAGUAUCAGACUGGGCGACGAUACACUUUGACCCCUACACACAAACAAUUAUCGGCCCACCAGAAGUAAAAGUCUCCUCGAGGUCCGGAUAUCUGGAUGUCAGUAUCUAUGGUCCCAGUGUGGAAUCUGAUGGUACUUUAUUCAUGGAUAAAUACUACAAGUUUCUGUACAGAAUAGCAUACUGGAAGGAAUUAGAGCCUGCACAUGUUACAGUCAUCAACACGUCACAAAACAUCCACAUUUUGAACAAAUUAGAUGAAUGGACCACGUACUGUCUUAAAGUCCAAGGGUAUGAAACGGAAUAUGACAGAGCCGGCCAGUUCAGCCCAGUGGUCUGUGCGAAAACCACCAGUGACGGUAGAAUAUCAACAUUGAAAAUAGUGGUGGUGUUCGUUGGAGCUCUGCUCAUUACAACUGCUGUAACCUUAGUCCUCAGCUUUGUCAUAUUCAAGGUAUAUAGGAUGAUACGCUACGUAUUUUACCCAUCAUUUUCCUUUCCACAACAUCUAAAAGAGUAUUUAGGCAAGCCGUUCUAUAGUACUCCAUUCCUGCACACACCACCUAGUGAGGAAUGUGGAGAGUGCAGUGAGCAGCUGACGUUUGUAUCGGAAGCGAAAGACGACAAGGAGCCGACAAGUUAGCACUUUCUGGGAUGGCGAGACCUUUCCCCAUAGCCAAGUGAAUAUCUGAAUGUGAAGAAUGGCCACUAAAGUUUUCAACAAGAUAUACUGUAGGUGGACUGUCUCACACUUGUAUAAAAUAUGUGUUAAAUUAUGUUUUAUUAACUGCAACAAAAUAAUAUUUGUACAUAUGUGUGGAAUGACACUAACCCUAAUGACCUCAGAUGAUGUGUGUCACAGUCAAGGACAUACGUACAGGCAGCCAUUUUGUUGGCGGAACCAGCAUGGAUACAUUAUACAGGCUGACAGUUGUCUAAGAAGCACUGGCAUCACUAAUGUCUGAGGUACUUCCUGUCACUGGUUCCUUUCCUAGUGAAGUCACUCACAUUUAUAUUGGCUAUGGUCUUAAAAUGUCUGCAUAAUUCAGAAUAUCAUGGAGUACAUGUUAACAUCAGUGGCAGUGGGUGAAGCUGCUAGGGGGACAAUUAUUAUCAGAAUGCACUGAAUAUGCACUGUAUGGGUUUCCUGCCACAAUGGUCUUACAUACUCCUAGCAUGUUGAUGCUGCAGGCUGAAUAUUGCAGUAGCCAACAAAAUGGCCGCCUCCACUACUGUAUGUGCAGGCAACAGGUACACUUAAACGGAUUACUUCAGACAAAAAGUCUAUAAUUUAUGAGCUGCACAGUGGGGCUCAUGUACAGUUGGACAUAAAUGUUUUUUGCAAGUUUUUGUCCCUGCAAAAUGCACUUUUUCAGACAGCGCAUAAGUAGUAAAAGGGAAUGCGCUAAAGACGUAUCUCCUCUUUGUGCCUCUCUAUGCUUAGAUAGGAGGAAUGGGGAAGAGAAGGGCUAUGCCUGAGUACAGCCAGAUCCACAAUGAUGAUGAUAAUAAUAAUAAUAAUAAAUAAAAAUAAAUGUAAAACAAAUGUAAACAAGAGCCAUAUUCCCCACCCCCCUCCUCCGCUAAAAAUACAACCAGCACUAGUGCUGAUGACAGCAAAAUUGUGGGGAAGAAAAGCAUGGAGUCCCCACAAUAUUGCCAAUGUCUGCAAUAGGCUUUGCCAGCCAGGACUGGUGGCACUGCAUGAGGAAAACCUGCAGUGUGGGGGUUCCCUGCCAUGUUGCCAGCACUAGGGCUAUUCCCAACGCCCCAGCAUGUGUGAAAAUAAGAUUAAAAUAUAAUUAUCACUGUGCACUACAGGUUCCUGCAAGCCCGGGCCACUUUUAAACGGUUGGACAUGCAGGUGCUUGUAGUCAGUGUCAGACUGGGGCAUGAACAGGGCCCCUUUAUAAAGGAGGGGACAGAGGACCACCCACUUUGAUUGGCAGGAGGGUUAAUCUUGGUGUAGCUUCCAUAGAAACAAACCAAGCACCCAAGUUCAUCCAUGAUCCUGCUCCACCGGGGAUUUCCUCUGUGGGCCAGCCCAUCCUCAACUGUUAGUACAACAAGCUCCAGCAUACCCAUGGCUUGCAGAGCAUGCUGGCACUAACAGUUUCUCAACAAAUGAUGUAAAAGAGAAAAAAAACUCACAGAUUUUAUCAUAAAAACAUAAUUUUUACAGAAUUGUCAGCUACCCCACACAACCCUUUUGCCCUCCUAAGUCCAAAGGUCCUGGGAGUUCUUUUCAUUAUGUCCACAAUUCUCGGCUUGGCCCCAAACAUCUUCCCCCCCCCCACACACACACUUAUAACAUUGUCACCUGGUCCUUUACGAAGCCUGAGUGGCAAAGCACUUUUAUUUAUGCAGCGGGGUUUUCCCCUGGCCUGGGUCAGACCAUGGGGUAUCCCCACUAUCGGACACUACAGAGCUUUGCAGGUAGCGUGGGAUACACAUUACAGUGUUUCUUACAUUAUUAGGGUGGCUUACUUCAUUAAUGUGAACAUUUCAUUUUUUCCCCCAAAACUAUACUAUAGCUCACUUUUUAUCUUAAUUGUGGGAAUCGCAUUUAUUAUAUGUGUCACGUUUGUGUGUUUUUAUUGCAUUGGUUGGUUUUUCCAUAUUUAGCAUAUCGGGACAUUAUAGGCCAACCAAUCAGCUCCUAACUGCCAUGUUACAGGCUGUGGGGUCUAUUUACUAAAAGCCUUGUAUGGAGAUUAAGUGGACCGAGAUAAAGUACCAGCCAAUCAGCUCCUAGCUGUUAUUUUUUUAAACACAGAACAUGGGAGUUAAGGAGCUGGUUGGUUGGUUGGUUGUUUAUCUCCGUCCAUUAUAUCUCUCUCCAAGGCUUAGUACAUAUACCCAAAAGUCCCAACCAAUCAGUUCCUUUCAAACACAGCCUAUAACAUGGCAGUUAGGAGCUGAUUGGCUGGUAUUUUCUCUCUCUCCACACUAUCACUCUCUAAAGAUUAGCACAUUUCUCCACUCAUGGCUUGUAAUCAGCAUUUAUUAAUGAUGUAGGCAUGAACAUUUCAGCAAAGCACAGCUCUCCCGGUAAGAGCUGUCCUUUGCGGUGCCGGGACUUCCGGAUUCAGGACCCGGGAGUCCGUCUGCACAUGGCAUUGCCCACCGCAACCAAGCCCCAGAAUGCAUAGCUUGGUGCAUACGCAAAAAGCGGCCAAACCUGGCUUGACCGCAAAAUGAAGUUUGAUGCAUCUCGCCCUGAGAAAUAGAGCGGAGGCUACCACAAGAGGGCGCAUGAUAUCAGAGCAGCCUCUGACGAACUCGACAAUCUGUACUAUACAGAUCCAGUCUUGACAGCUCCUUUUGGCCUUUUUCUGCGUUUUAAAUUUAGCUGAAUCCGAUAUGAUAUUCCAAAGUCAAUCAACAGAGACAAUUUUUGGAUAUCCAGCUGUUGUAGAACUACUAGCCCCAGCAUGACUCUGCCUAGCUGGGCAUGCUGGGAUUUGUUGAUACACAACUGCUGAAGAGCUGGGUUGUCUAAGCCCUCUCUCUCAGGGAAAAGUGGAGGUGUUGCUCAUAGCAACCAAUCAGAUUCUAGCUCUCAUUUAUUUAGAGUGUACUAGACCGCUAGAAUCUGAUUGAUUGCUAUGUUGAUCACUUCCAUUUUCCCCUUUAGUGGUUUUGAUAAUUCUUCUUCCUACGCGUUUUAUAACUAAGGUCAGUGACUCCACGCGUUUUGCAAUGUAAAUAGGAGCCAGAGGAUACCACUGAAAUAAAAUUUUUGCUGCAGUUGUUAAAAAACAAAAAACAGGGACAUUUCUAGGGACAAAUCUUAAAAUCUAGAAUAGUUCCUGGAAAACCAGGACAAUUGCCAACCAUAAUGGGGCACGGCAUUUAUCCAGUAGCAUUGCUGGAUGGCAACUGAUCUUCUAGAACAGGGAUGGGAAACCUUCGGCCCUCCAGCUGUUGUUGAACUACACAUCCCAGCAUGCCCUGCAACAGUUUUAGCAUGGCCAAAUAGAAAAACUGUAGAAAGGCAUGCUGGUAUGUGUAGUUCAACAACAGCUGGAGGGCCGAAGGUUCCCCAUCCCUGUUCUAGAAGGUGCUAGAUAAAUGAUAAGUACAAUCUGAUUGGUUGCUAUGGGCAACAUCUCCACAUGUAAAAACCUUCACUUGAGUAAAUAUACCACCUAGAAUAUGAUAAAGUGUAGUAGUUCCAAAAGGCCCAGCUCAUGUCUACCCGAAAUAAUAUACCAAAAACAAUAUUGAUGUAAUUUUGGACUACCAUCUAGAAAGUCUGGACCACCGGACACUUCCACAAGCAAUGCAUUACAUCUGCAUCAGCAGCGGAGCAUUUAAAACAGUUUGAGUUGAUAGAGACUUCCGUAAGAAAACGUACUUUUGGGGGUUUAGUACGCCCUGUGAAGCAAUUUAUAAUGCAUUUCGGAAUGUGAGGAGACCUUCUGUUUAUUGAGCUCCACACAGAACCCAAUGACCUCCUUCAGGUUGGGUUCGUGUGACCGACGGCGGGAUCCUGGCUUUUAGAUGGCCAGCACGGGGGGGAGGAAGGGGAGGGGGAAUAGUCUCUGUUGGUCGGCAUGCAGGCCGUCGGGCUAUUGAGCAUUCGGGAUCCCGGCGUCGGUCACAUAACCGUCGGUCUCCCGACUGCCGGUCACAUAACCGCAUCCCCCUCCUUCAGAUCCUUCCACGGAAAGGUAGUGUUUAAUUUCGCCAUCCACAUAGUUAGUUUAGUAAGGUCUAACUUCCGCCUAGUGGGAGAGCAAAUGGAUGAGGUAGGGCAUGGGUUUCGGGGGCUCAGUCUCACUGUACAAUCAAAAGAACUAGACAAGCCAGUGGGCGUAAGUUGAGAGAGUAAUUGGGUGAUGUAGCUACGGACUUGGGAAUAAACAAAAAGAGGGACAUAAAGAGGAUACUUCUCUUUAAGCCGGGACAGUGUGAGAACAGCAGAGCAGUCCAUAUUCCGAAAUGGGUUUACUUAUUGAAGUCCCUGGAGGUGCCCACGUAUUUGUCUUGCAGUCUUGAAAAUCUAGAUUAGAUGUUAAUGGGAGAAUUAACGAAUGUGAAGAGUGCAACCCCAUCCAUUUUUGAAGAAUGCGCCAAGUUUACCGGGACGUUGCAAUAAGGGGGUUGCCAGCCAAAUCAGGGGUAGGUGACCAGAAGAAGCAUGAACCAGAUCCAUAUGUGGGCUGAAAGCCUGAUCUAGCUCCUUAGGUGCAUAAUUAUCGUCUCCUUGUGAUCAUCUUAAUGUUAUUUGCAAUAUUAAUUUAUAUUUACGAUUUCUGUAAAAUUUUCUAUAACUUUUUUUAUCAUAUUAAAAGUAUUUUUCAAAACA